AUGCCGUCCCAGUUCAUACCCGCCCGCAGCUCCCGUCACCGCGUCGCCUGCAUAGCCCUCUACCGCGCACUCAUCCGCGAGGCGCGCGCGAUCCCCCUCCCCGACGAUGUCCUCCGCAAAGGCACGCAGAACCCGAUCCCGCGGCUCGUGCAGAAGGCCUUCGCGCGCAACCGCACAGAGGCGAGCUACCGGAUCGUCUUCUCGGCGCUGGGGACGGGGUACAACUUCCUCAACCUCUUCAAGGCCGCGCAAACCCCCGACUCGAAGGAGCACUCCCAGAUCAUAGCCCACCUCCGCGACAAGAAGCUCCGCGACGCUAAAUCUGAGGCCGGAAAGCCCCCGCCCCGGCCCCCACGACCCGCUAAGCCCAAGUGGCCGCCCCUCCUCCAGAAGGUCUCUGAGGAAGACGAGCCCCCGGCUUACGUCUCCCCGCGCUUCCCCGUGCCGCGUGAGCACCUUACCGGCACGCGGCACGUGCCGUACGUUGCCGUAACAUCCGAGGGCAUCUCCUUCCUGCGGCAGAAGAAGCCGCAGGACCCCUCGGUCGGGCUCUACGUCCGGCGCAAGACCCGGAUCAAGCGGCGCGCGAUGGACCUGAUGCUCGGCUCGUCACGUGAGGAUAUGCCGUGGGCCGCGCAGGAGGACAGGUGGGAGGAGAUUGUCAAACAAGAGAUGCUCGAGGCGCGGCGGCGGGAGACCUGGGAGGCCGGGAGGGCCUCGUGGGGGAAGCAGAGGGAGGCGCCGGACCGGCUGCUGCAGCCCGAGAGCUAUGGGCAGUCGGUGACGGAGACCUGGAAGUUCGCGAGGCAGACGCUGCAAGACCUGAUGGCGAACGAGGCCGCGCGUGUGAGGGCGUUUGUGGACAUCCGCAAGGCGGAGGCGGCGAUGCUCGAGGAGGAGGACCGCGACCACCUGGCGAGGGGUCACCGCUGGAUGGUGGACACCCCUGAGAAGAAGAUGCAGAGGCAUAAGCGGUAUCGCGCGACCUUGAAUGCGGCCAAGGUCGACCUCAGGGCCAAGAGGAGGCAGGAGAAAAGGCACUCGCGGGUGAGAGGCUUGGAGCCGGCCCCCGUCGAGGUUUGA